GUGAAAAGUAUCUUGUCGACCCGCUUUUCCCCCUUUAUGGCUCUGGAUGUCUGUCUUUAUCCUUUACUGUCUUCCUAGUGAAGGCAUGCACAGAACACCUCACCCAGUUCAGCGGCGGAGUCUGUAGACCUGCAGUUCUUUCGCGUUUCCCGAUCUUUCACCGCGGUUCAAGCAUUCUCUUGUGCAAUUUAACAUUUUAGACGAAAAAUAUGUGUCUACUUGUUUGAUCUGGCUCAGGACGGGAACUUUUUUCUCACUACCGACUGUGCACCGCCAGCGGCCCUGCACUGAGCUUUGCGUCGGUUCCUGGCGUUGAAAGUCGAGCAUCUUCCUUUUCUGACGACCAGCCGCAUACCUCUGCCUCGCAUUUCGCGUCUCUUUUCUUUGUCGAGUUCCGGUUGCUCAACAUCUGCCAACUUUUUCAACAUCUGUCAACACGGAAAAAACUCUGGAUGGGACAAGAGUCGGUGCAGAGCACGCUUUUUUCCUCAUACGAAAAAUUCCAGCAAGUUAUCUUUUCAACAAGCAUGGCACCUCACAAGUACCAGCCGUUCAAGUUCAUCUGGGAUAAAUACAACUGGCAUGCGUUCUUUCUCCGGAAAGAACGCUGCUACGACAAAUUCUACACCGUUGGAGUCGUCGCUCUCGUCGGUACCACGAUUUAUCAAGGAGUUUCUACAUUCCAGAACUGGAACACAACGCUGCAGCGACUGUAUGAACACUACGUCAAAAAAGAAAAAGCUCGCAAAGACCUCGCGGAGCUGAUCCGCAUGGCUCGCGAAAAUGGUGUUUUGCCGCCGGGGGAUGAAAGUUUUGAGUGAACUUCGUGAACGAGAGAGCGUUGCUUUUUCUUCUGGUCACCUCUGCAGCGACCGCUGAGUCGCGCUGCUGCCUCAAAACGCAGACUGAGGAAAGAUCAAAAGUCCAGUGAAGAAGAGAGGCCUGCAAGCGACAGUGCAGUCGCCUCCAUGCGUAUUCGCGCGAUCCUGAGACGGCGGCCAGCAGGGAAUCCAAGUGCACAUACAACCCAACGCGCUCCCUGAAACACGUUGUUUCAUUUUCCACAUGGGUGGCGACGAGGAUGCGUGGUAGACAAGGAGAGAGGAAUUCGGAGAAAUGGUAGAGGUGGUGGUGAAGAGAAGGCCGUUUCGUUUUCGGCGCGCUUUGCCUCAGAAGUCCUGUGCUUAGCAGAGUGCACGUUGAAACGUGCUGUGUUCAGCUUUGAUGUAGACAGCAAACAGCCUUGCGUCUGUGCAUGCAGAGAAGCGGCUUGAGGGUAGUAGCUACUUUGCCAUCGCAUUGGGCAGAUACACGGACAUUUCCACGUGAAUAUUCUUAGCAAGAAUAGCGCUCCCUGUAUACCCCUAGCUGUAAGUGUGUGCACACGGUAGAUGCAAACAUCCUC